GCCCCUGUACAUCAGUCGUACGAACGGGUUACGACAGGAAUUGAUUCUAUUCGUGUCACGGUCAGUUGUGGACGUUGUGAUUGCACCACUUGUUAGGUAAAAAGUUGUCGUUAGACCCUUGUUGACGGCCGUUACUCUGCCAUAAGCCUAGCUGGAAAUCUUCCGACAGAAAAACCGCAAGUCUGAUGCAAGUGACUGCGUCCCAGCCCAUGUAAGCCAUGUGGAGGAACAUGAAACCUAUCUUCUAAGGACUUUCUAACGUCUCAAGUUGUCUUUGACAACUUACUUUUACUUGUCGCUGGACUCAAAGCUGGGCAUGCGCGUUGGCUCCUUACGGACUUUGCGUACUGACGUCGAUAUGAAGCGACUGCUGUGAUUCCGGCCGGCAGAAAGUCAACAACAGUCGCUCCAGGCUGUUCAUACGAAAGGACUGAGCGAGCAGUUACAGGUGAACUGAUAUCUGGGCGGAGACUAAGUCUGCAGGGGGCCUUCUGAACAAAGCUGGCGGCACGAGGGGCAACUCAUCCCGCACAGAUCACACCAGCGUCCCGGUAACGUACAUCAAGACAGAGAAAAGUCUACCUGAGCUCCAACGGGAACAUUUAUCUAACAGACUGCGAGGACUACUGACUUCCUCAGUAGAAACGCCUGAGACAUUCCGAAGCAACUGACAGUUUUCGCCAUACUGGAUGCAAUAAGGUGACCGCUCGUGGAGUGAGUCCUGAGUCAACACACCUGUCCGCGACACCUGCCGAACGUACACACACCUGAGAGGGACGCCAUGUCAACUAUCGACGCCGAGGCGGGAUCACCGGGACGCAGGGGCUCUCCUGUUGGGAGGUCUGAAGGGAGGUCCCCGCGGAAGGAGAGCAGCAGGCCGGUACGGGCCCUUACACCGCGAGAAGACGACAUCGGGCUGCGGAAGGACGCCAUCGGCCCGGUACGAGCCCACACGCCCUCCCCGCCCAUCAUCACGCCGGUCGCGCCCCCCUUCUCCACCCCCGGGUACCCGUACGGACUGUUCCCUGGGGGUCGGCCGGACGGCUUGCUGCAGCCCGCUCCCCUCAUCCCGUCCACAUCCGCCGGUCUACCGCACGGGGGCGCGUUCCUCUUCGGCAGAGAGAAGGGAUUCGCGCCGAUGCCGAGCGGCGCUCGGUCGGGUAGCCACUUCGACGCCUUCCACCGCUACGGACUGUUCGAGCGGUGUUUGUGUCCGUCCCUCGGCCAGACUCCGUCGGACUGGCUUCUCAAACACAGCGACUCCGUCAGGCAGAACGGCUGCCAUUAUUAUUACGGACUUUUAGAGAAAGACCAUUUCAUGAACGGUCUGAAACCGGGAGGCUCGUCGUACAACGGCGGCAUGCUGAGCGGACCCGUCCCGUCCAUCUCCCCGUACAGACCCGCGCUACCCUCCUUCUUCCUCGGGAAGGACGCGUUCUCCGCCGUAUCCGCGCCAUACCCCUUCAGGUACCCGACGCUCGUCGACGACGCGUUGAGAAAACCCGCCGGCGCUCUGAUCGACGAAAGUCCGACGUCUUCGUCCAUCCAACUCACCCUCAAGACGUCUUCGAACAAAACGAGAAAGGGUCACCUGUGUAUCUACUGCGGGAAGCUGUACUCGCGGAAGUACGGACUGAAGAUCCACCUGCGGACGCACACCGGGUACAAGCCGCUCAAGUGUAAGGUGUGUCUCCGGCCGUUCGGCGAUCCGAGCAACCUCAACAAGCACAUCCGCCUGCACGCGGAGGGUGAGACGCCUUACCGCUGUCCGCACUGCGGCAAGGUUCUUGUCCGGCGGCGCGACCUGGAGCGGCACGUCAAGUCGCGGCACCCCGACGCGGCAGCCGAACGCUCCGAACACGGCACGACCAAACCCGAGGACGACGCCGAACUGCCCCGACUGAGCACGACGACGCUCGCGGCAACGUCGGACGGAACGAGCGACGCCGACGCCAUCAGCGAUCACGACGACGACAGCGAGCACUGAAAGUGACGCCCCUCCAGUCGGAAACUUAAAAAGUAGGACUUGUAAAACAACCGCGAUGUACAAACUUUCUUCUGUAUAUAUCAAAGUGAAAUGUUGUAGAUGUUUUACGUUUAAAUGUUAAGUUAUCUAUGCGCCAGAAAUGUGGUAGAAUUAUCACUUUCCUCCCACAGUAACAUAACAGUAGCAAACGGUGGAUAAUCAGUCUAUGGAAUAUCUACGAACAUUCUUGUAUAUGUAUAUUUGGGAGAUUAAAAACUAUUUGAGAUUGCUGUAAAGGUGUUAUUUGCUGUCGAAACAAAACACGUUUUCUCCCAUAUAUCAUCUACUUCAGACCAUGAUUGUGACUUUUCUGGAAUUCAGACUAUUAAGAAGUGUCAGAAAACUUUCCCAUCUGGAAAAGAUUAUGAGACGAUUAUGUUCAUCUUUUUACGAAGAGUCCGACAGUAAAAUGUUCCCACCUGUAAAAGAUUAUGCUGUGGAGUUUUGCAGUAGAGGCGACCAGAGGAGAUUGUGUAGACGUUAGAAUUUGCCUGUCGUGAGAUUCUAACGGAACAGCAGCUCUUUUAUCUGUUGGCUCUUUGUAAAUCUAAAAUUAAAACCAGAGGGAGCAUGAAGUAAGAUUCAUCCAUUAGUAACUGUCUGAAAAACUUAAUUUUCCGUUAUCGCUGUAUAUUAGGGAGUAAAAGACGCGAUGUGUUGAUCCCGAAGCAGUUGUUUGGCGGAAAUACCGUUGUGCUCUUGCUCUACGAAUUGCGAUACAUUAGUGUCGUCCUAACAUCUACUUGAAGUGCGUGGGUGUAACGUCACGACUUGUUGACUCUCCGUUCUGUUUCUAUCCGGUAAAUUGAGUUUCCCGCACCAAGCCGUGCCUAACACGGGCGCGACGGCAAGUCCAUAGCCGUACACAAAGCGUACUUCAGUCCGUAACACGAUACACGCACCGAAGAUCGGCUUUCUAACGGACAUGAGUCAAUGUCGCUGUCCAGGAUCGUUCGUAGUUUGAUCUUAAACCACGGAAAAAGAUGAUCCGAGAUUCCUAGCUUUCCUGUGCCUGUUUAGACAGCGCGGUGACAUCAGUACCUCCUACCACGGUGGUCCCCAGACCUGUUUAUUCUGCAGACAGACACAAGUGUACGUGUAAACACCGCCGUUGUUUUACCGCGGUUGUAUUAUAUGUCUUCAUAGGAAAUGUACAACAUGUCCAGGGCAGAAGUUUGUAAAAUAAAAUUUAUCAUAAAAACUUUGGAGCUCCGCAGAGAAAUACAUUAAGCAAAAUAGACUUACACAUUGCUUCACUGCUUGGUCUGUACCGACGCUUUCCGAAAACACUUGUGAUUGUAACGAAGACAGUAAUGCACAAUACACCAAUAGCAGUCUACCGGAAUUAUCUUGUGACGUAAGCUACUCAACAAGCAGAGGUUCGGCUAGCCAGUGACAUGAAGAAAACAGUAUGAAAUAGAAAGCCCGACAAAACGCUUAAAGACACGUCUGAAACAGCCAGACCCGAGCCUCGGCUUGGUGAAUGAGGUAAAGGUGCGCUUACACCGCACUUGCAUCAAGCUUGCGUCACUACGGGGUUCGUUCACUGCGUCACUGUUUUGUUACUUUCACCGAUUUUUUAUAAAUUAGAUAUUGCGUAAUACGUAAACGUAUGACUUAGAAGACGACAAAAUACACAAAAAGAAAGAAAAUUCGUUCUUUAUCUCUGAAAUUCGUUGAAAAUUUUUCGAACCCCGCAGCGACGCAGGCUUGACACACGUGCGGUGGGAGCGCACGCCUUAAGUGUCUAGGAUUCCAUGUGCAGAUUUGUCCUUGACGCACGAGUUUCAAACAACCUGUCUCUGACAUGAUGUUGACUGAAAGACGGUUAUCAACGACAAGAAAACUCGUCAGAGAUUCGAUAGUAUGUGUAUUAAACAGUCUUAUUGUGUAAGUAUGACGUCAACAAAGUAUGUUUGUUAAUUUGUUUGUGUAUGUUAGGUUUGACUGUGAUAGAAAGACUUUUGUACAUGAAGUGAACCAUGUGUAACCAUGGCAACAACGUACAACCAUGGCAACCAUGCGUAACCAUGGUAACAAUGUGUAACCAUGACACUGCAGUAAAUAAACAGAGCAGAUGUAAAGAGUGGAA